GGGCAGGAGUCGGCGCGCGGGUCCCACUGCGACGGAGAGAGGCAGCCGACAGCCGAGGUUAGAGAGAUAGGCGGAGAAGCGGAGAGCCACCCGCGGAGAGCGACAGGGAGCCGGGCGCGCAGACGGCUGGGAGGCUGUGGGACGGGGAGUGGAGGCAGUAGCUGGCGCUCCCGCCCUCCUGCCGAGCUGCCACCGUCUCAGAGUCGCCUCGUCCAGUCUCAUCUCCGCUCACCAUGCAGCUGCCCGCCUUGCCCGGCGCGCUGGUGUUCCUGGCGUGCGUCCUCGCCCGGAGCGGUUGUGGGUUCAAGAACGAUGCCACGGAGCUCCUGUACUCUCACGUGGCGAAGGCGACCGCGGGGACAUCCGGGGGGCCCUCCUCGGGGGUCGGCCUGGGCAGCAGCAGCGCCAACAGCAGCGCCCUGAACCAGGCUCGUCACGGCGGCCGCCUUCUGGGUAGCGGCGGGUCCUCGGGGCUGGAGGCGCGGAGCAAUCGAGUCCAAGUUGGCUGCCGAGAGCUGCGUUCUACCAAAUAUAUUUCCGAUGGCCAGUGUACCAGUAUCAGUCCCCUCAAGGAGCUGGUGUGUGCUGGGGAGUGUUUACCACUUCCAGUCCUCCCAAACUGGAUAGGAGCAAGCUUUGGCACCAAAUACUGGAGCCGGAGGAGCUCCCAGGAAUGGCGCUGUGUCAACGACAAGACGCGCACCCAGCGGAUCCAGCUCCAGUGCCAGGACGGAAGCACUCGGACCUACAAGAUCACUGUGGUCACCGCCUGCAAGUGUAAGAGGUACACUCGGCAGCACAAUGAGUCAAGCCACAACUACGAGAGCAUGUCACCCGCCAAGCCCGCUUCGCAUCACAAGGAGAGGAAACGGUCCAGCAAAGCUAGCAAGCACAGCCUGAGCUAGGGAGUUGGCUCUUGCCCAGACUGAGCUGUGGUCCUGUCUUCCACAGGGCCCACUGCAUCAAGACUGAAGCCUGCCAUCUCUGUGUGCUCACUUCAAAUCUCUGCUUGUUGCUUCGGUCAAGCCAAGAAGGUGGCUGAUAUAGAAGGAUCUUCUUGGGGACGAUUGCUUUUCCUUUUCUCUUUUGACAGGAUGGGUGUUUGGGCAAGCGCCAUUUUCCUCUAAACCCAUCACCAAGGUUGAAAUGUACAUGAUUUUUGGAAAGACCAGCCUUGCCCUUCUGUGGCCCCCUUCCCACCCCCUAAUCGAACCCAAAAGGUGAAGAAUUGUUACCAUGAACGUUCACUUGUGUUUUAUUUUCAGAAAGGUGCUUCACUGUGGAUUUUCAUGGGAACAUUUCAUAGUCAAGAGAGAGCGCCCCGCUGAGUAUUUUCAUGAAUGUUGGGUAUUUCUGCUCCGACCAAAUGAGAGCCGGUGAUUUCUCCCAGGCUCGUGGUCUGAAAUCAUGACUUGCAUGCUCACCUCUAGUUAUCAUGGUCUGCCAGAAAUGCUUGGCAGCAGCUGCAAAGCAAAGCGGAAUAACUAUUUAUUUGUCAGUGUGAUUAUUUAAUGAGCUCGGACAUGUGCUGUUUUCCCAAUGUUGAUUUUUUAUGUUCUGUAGCUUUGUCAUGUACCGAAAUCCAUUUUCCCAUGAUUUGUGGAUGAGCUGGGGGGAAAUUACAUCUUGUACAUAUGUAAGAUAAACGUCUCAGUCUUCUUGUUAUAUAUAAAUAUGUAUGUAUUUUAUAUAUUUUUCAUCGUGAAAUUUAUCAGUCGUUUGGAUUUUUUUAUACAAAUGCUUUGUAAAAGCUAAAACCUGUCAUAGUUUUUGUUGAUAAUUUGUGCAAUUCAAGGGGAGGGCCAAUGGCCUUCCAUUGCAUCGGCCUCUUUCUUCGAAAAUAAACAUGAACUUAAAGAG